AUUUUGAUAUUCGUAAAGGAAUUUUUAGAGAGUGAUUCAGUUUUAUUGUGGUAUAUUAGAUGCUGAUUGUACGAAGAUUAUUAGAAGAAUGGCAUUAACUAAUAAAGUGAAACUGCUAAGUGCGGAGCAGGUGAUCACAAUAAUCAAGAAGACUGGCAAUGAAAACCUAGUUGAUAUUCUGAGUGGAAAAGAUUUGACUGGACAGAAAUUGCUUGAAAUGACAGAAUUUGAUAUGAAUGACUGGAAACUCACUUCAAACCAAAAAAAAGAACUAUUGCUAUUUAUAAAUGAAUUGAAGUCAAAUUCUUCAAAGUUAUUGUCGAAAUGUUACCCAACGAAUGAUACAAAAGGCGAUUCAACUUUCGUGAGCGGUCCAAUAAUCAUGUCUGCAAGCAACGAAAUGUCGCAUGGGCCAGAAAAAAAUAUUUUGAAAGGGAGAACAAUUUUCAUGCAAGAACUAAAUUCCGUCGUAAAUGCGCAGUACAACCGGAAGACUCAUUCUGGGGUCCCACAAUAUGGGGAGGUUGGUUUCAUAAAAUCGGCGUGUCCUAGCAGACAAAAAGUAAUCGUACCCGGUUCACUUCCAAAUCCCUACGAGUUCAUCAAUGAUGAUAGACAAAUAAUGUCCGAAAAUUCUUCUGCAAGCAACCAGACGAAUGGAGAUUUACUGAAAGUGAAAAGUAUCAUUACUCCACAUGAUUCAAAAUCAUCCCCGAUACCUAAUCGAAAACCAGUUCUUUCUGUUCCACUCUCAAAAAAUGAUGGAUCUAGUAAAAAAAUUAAAGAUUCUGAAACUGUGAAUGAUGCGCUGGCUACCAAUGAUGAAAAUUUGAAGGAAGCAAAAAAAUUAUCAUCACCAGUAAAUGACGUGAAAUCACUUUCGGGAGUUAUUACUCACAAGAUUAUAACAUCACCAUUGGUCGAUCAAAAACCAGUUCCGUUACCAACAAGAGGAAGGAUUAGCUCUAUCGAUUCAAUGAAUUGCCGAAGGAUACCCCAGUGA